GUAAUUCAUGUUGUUUUUUGUUUUAAUUUGAUGGGGUUUUGUUUAAUUUUGCUGAAUAGUGUUUUUUUUUUUUUGGGUAAUUAGAUUAGUUUGUACUCUUGGGUUUGAUUAAUUAAUUUGUAAUGGACUACUCUGUGUUUGGUUGCUGAGAAAGAUGAGGAAAGGAAAUAAUUGGGUAAAAUUUUGUGUGUGUGUGUGUGGGUUUUAAACCGAAUAGCUUAAAUUGCGUUUUGAAAGAAUCUUUGAUAUAAAUAUAUUUUCACUUUAAGAGUAAAAGAAAAAAAAUGAGAUGAUUGGAUUAGGUGUGUAUACUAUUCUGUGAAAUUUUCUAAUUUGAUGCAUUUGUUAUGUUGAUUUAAGCUACCGUGGACAGGGUUGAUUAAUUACCAUGCAUAUCUAUUGCUGUCCCUUGGGUUCACGCAGAGCUGGGUUUUGGAAUUGUUGCAAAGAAAGAAAGUUGUUUUUUAAUGCUAUUCUGUGAAGUGGAGCUAGAGAUGGUUGAAACACACUCGCAAGUUUUGUGGAUUUGUUAUUAGAAUUCAGUUACUACAAUAUUCGGAUUGGUCUAUUGCUUGAUUGUUAAGUUCUUCAUACCAUGCCAGUUGUUCAAAAGCUAUAUGAUGCCUGCAAGGCAUCCUUCUCUUCUGAUGGUCCGAUUUCAGAAGAUUCUCUCGAAAAAGUUCGUGGUAUUUUAGAUAAUUUGAAGCCCUCUAAUGUGGGUCUUGACCAGGAGGCACAAUUGGCACGUCAAUGGAAAGUUUCCAUGAAUGUUACCAAUGGAAAAAAAGGGCGUCGCGGCAGUCAUCAGUACCCACCCCCGAUUACAUAUUUGCACUUGCACGAAUGUAACAAAUUCUCUAUAGGAAUUUUCUGCAUGCCACCUGGCUCUAUCAUACCACUUCAUAAUCAUCCUGGAAUGACUGUGUUGAGCAAGCUUCUUUAUGGCUCAUUACAUGUGAGAUCAUAUGACUGGCUUGAAAUACCUGGAUCUGCUGAUCUAUCUCAAGCCAGACCUGCAAAACUUGUUAGAGAUUGCGAGAUGAGUGCACCUUGUGGUAUAACUACUCUUUAUCCAAACAGUGGUGGCAAUAUUCACUGUUUCAAAGCCUCGACUCCCUGUGCACUCUUUGACAUUCUUGCACCCCCCUACUCCUCAGAAGAUGGAAGGCACUGCUGUUAUUUCCGAAAAUCCCCUAGGAAAGAUCUUCCAGAUAUUGCUAAAUUAUGUGGUAUGAAACCAUCUGAAGUGGCUUGGUUGGAAGAAAUUCAACCUCCUGAAAACGUAGUGGUUCUGAGGGGGUUGUACAGGGGCCCCAAUAUUAGACGGUGAAAGGGUUUUUGAACCACACGUAUCAUACAUUAGUCAAAUUGGUUAUGAGGAGCCAAUGAGGUGAUUGCUGGCACAUUGACUGCCAAACACCAUGACAAUAAUGCUGGAAUGCAGGCAACAAUGACUGGCAUUCCUACUGUGAGGUAUUUGAUUGUACAUACAUUUCUCCUGUAUUGGCUUGGAAAUGAAUGCCGACAAAAAAUCUUGUACCCAACAUACCCGUUGCUAUGAUUUUUCAUUAAUUGUAAUAAGCAGUGUUCAGAUAUUAUUUCUUGAUCUGAGAUCUUGACUGCACAGAAAAGUUCUGUUUUAGAGUUCCA